AUGUCUGCUGGAAGCUAUCCUCCUAUCGCCGUCGGCCUCAUGGGUACCGGCGAGUACACCACAGGUAUCACACCCUCUGGCCAGUCCAAGUCUGACAAAAAGAUCGGUGUCGUUGGCAUCACCAUGUUCGACCUCCGCCGCCGCGGAAAGGUCGACAAGAUUGUCAUGGCGUGCACCAAUGGCUCCAAAUUCGCCGAAGUGAGGGAACACUUCCAGAAGAACAUUGGGGACGUGUACAAGGGUCUUGAUCUCGGCUUCGAUGGGUUCCCGGGGGAGGGCAAGAGGGAUGCUGAAGCUUAUAAGGAGGCUUUGAAGGCGCUGCCAAAGGGCUCUGCAGUCAUCAUCUUUACACCCGACUCUACCCACUUUCCCAUCGCUUCGUAUGCUUUAAACUUGGGCCACCAUGUGUUGGUGACGAAGCCGGCGACGCAGAAAUUGGAGGACCACCAAAAGCUGAUUGAGCUGGCGGAGGAGAAGGGGUUGGUGUGCUUUGUUGAGCACCACAAGAGGUUUGACCCGGCUUAUAACGAUGCCCGAGCCAGGGCUCAAAAGCUUGACAUGUCGCAGCCAAAGUUCCAGUUGGAGACGUUCAAGUCCUGGGCCGGUAUCGACAGUGAUAUCAGCUACUACCUCAACUCGCACCACAUUGACAUCCACGCAUGGAUGGUUGAAGGUCGCUAUAAGCCCGUCAAAGUCACCGCCUCUGCAUCUACCGGUAUCGCCCAGUCGCUCGGGUGCGACCCUCGUACCGAAGACACCAUCACCUUGCUGGUCGACUGGGAGAACAUCCAGAGCCCUGGCCAGAGGGGCACUGCUGUUUACACCGCUUCAUGGGCGGCCCCGUUGAAGGCUGGGGUGCACAGUGAACAGAGGUUUCACUAUAUGGCCGCCAAGGGUGAAGUCAAAGUGGACCAAGCGCACCGUGGGUACAGCAUUGUCGAAGACGAGGUCGGCAAGGUCGACUACAACCCCUUCUAUGUCAAGUACUCUCCCGAUGAGAAUGGCUACUUUGAUGGCCAACGCGGUUAUGGCUAUCUGUCUUUGGAAAAGUUUAUCGAUGCUGCUCAAGCUGUCAAUGCUGGGAAAGCCCAGGCGAAAGACUUUGAUGGCAAGGGUUUGCCUACUAUCAAGGCCACCGUUGUGACGACUGCAAUCAUCCACGCCGGUAGGAUAUCGUUGGAUGAGAAGCGAAGUGUGGGUAUUGAAGAGGAGGGUGGAAAGCUCAAGCUGGUUUGA